CAGAGUGCAUUUCCUGUUAUGUCUGUUCCGCACAUACACAAACACACACACACACACACACACACACCGCUCCUGCACUUUUCCUGCUUCCCACCCGUCUGCGUCUGCUGGGCUAUCUGCAGCCGCUUUAGUCAAAGACAAUGGAGAAAACAAGCGAGUUAAAAAUGUGCCUGGAGUCCUCACUGAACCGGAUUUUUCAAGCGACGGUGAACGACAUUCUGGACUCGGUGGAGCGGACCCUCUCUGAGUACCAGGGAGCCAUCCAGACGAUCCAGACCGAGAAUGAAGGCCUGAAGCGGCUGCUGUUUGCACAGAGGAGCGCAGAGUCUGACCACACAGAUGGAUGUGAGGAGGAUUCUGCCUCCGACUGGAACAGUCGUCCUUCUACCUCCACCCACACCAAGUUUAAGGUGUCCAUCUGCAGCAGUGACAAGAAAGGCUUAAGGAAGAGACAUAAGAGCAACCUAAAGGACAGAUCAUUCUCUGCUCCAUUUUUUCAGCAGACAGAUCAAAUAGAAGAACAGUCAUCUGUUGACAAGUCCGUAGGAAUCUCAGUUCCUGUGAAAACAGAGCCUGAUUUGGAAGAAAGUGGUGCCGUCGACCUCUCCCGGCCUUCUCUGAAUCAGACGGCAAAGCUGGUAAAGAAUGAGGCCUCAGACGUUUUCGGUGAUUCAUUCACAGAUGAGGAACAGCUGCAUCCUUCAAGCCCUGACCAUAGAGGCAGUGAGUGUGGCGUUAAAGUCACCGUUGUUUCCGGUUGCUACACACAGGAGGGACAUUUCAUCAAGGUUGAGAAAGAGGAGGACGCUAACGGUGAAAGUUUGACUCACCCAGAGUUGAAGUACGAACUGAAAUAUCAGGAAUCAGAGUCGGACCAGAGAUGGAUGGAGGGAACGCGCAUCCAAGAAACGGAGCAAGAAGAAAUAAGUUUGGAGCAAAGCGAUUCACCCGUUGUUGCUGAAGACGAGACCCAAGAACAAAGCGUCAACCUUUUACACUGCCCAACCUGUCUGAAGACAUUCAGCGAAGCAGCUUUGCUCAAUCUUCACGUCGAAGCUCACAGCAGCAAUAGUAAAGUUCACAGCUGCGACCUUUGUGGGAAACACUACAAGCGUGCCGACCUCCUCUUAUCCCACCGGCGCAUUCACACAGGAGAAAGACCGUACGGCUGCAACGUCUGCAGCAAGACCUACGCCCACCCCAGCCAGCUCAGGGUGCACAGGAGGAUCCACACCGGUGAGAAGCCCUACGCCUGCUCGUACUGCGAGAAGCGCUUCAACGAGAACACCCAGCUCAAGGUCCACCUGAGGACUCACACCGGGGAGAAGCCGUACGGGUGCCGGCAGUGCGGCAAAACGUUCCGAAACGUCGGAAACCUGCGGAUGCACGAGAGGAUCCACACGGGCGAGCGACCCUACGGCUGCGCCCAGUGCUGCAAGAGGUUCAACAGCCUCGGCGACCUCAAAACACAUUACAGGAGCCACACGGGGGAGAGGCCGUACAGCUGCGAGCUGUGCAGAAAGACCUUUAGUCAGACCGGACACCUCAAGAUCCACAUGCGGAUGCACACAGGAGAACGGCCGUACGGCUGCGACGAGUGCGGCAAGAAAUUCACGGUGGCCAGCAGCCUGAAGCUGCACCAGAAGACCCACACGGGGGAGAAGGAGUACAGCUGCGCGUCCUGCGGGAAAAGCUUCAGGAGGUCCUGUCAUCUGAGGAGACACGAGCUGGUGCACACAAAGGAGAAGCUUUUCUGCUGCGGUCAGUGCGGGAAGGCCUACGCCGAUAAUUCCAGCUUGAGGAAGCACCUCAAGAUUCACGCGUCGCAGGAGCGCACCCUGCAGAGCGCAGGAAGUACGAGUGAGGCUGGAGUCUCUGUGUCUGGGACACUUCAAGAUGUGACAGAAACUUAAACCAGUUGGCCUAGAAGUACAGCGGCACAUCAGGGCCACUGAAGAGAGAGAAAAAAAAGGAAUAAAUUUCCCCCCCAAAAAAAUUCUUGAGAUUUUUCUCAGAAAAAUUCUAG